AAAAAAAAAAAGGCCUCACAACGCCGCACAAAAUCUGCUACUCUUGGGCGCUUCCCCAAACAACGCGAGAUCUGCCCGAGAGUAAAGCGGCACUUCCAAGGGCACGAUUGCGCAUGCGCCUGGCUAAAUCCUUUUUCGCGGGAACAAGGAUACAUGGGACACCUGCACAAGCAUUGGAUUUUUGCCCUGCAACGUCUGAAAGCUACCACGCAGACACCUGCAGGACUCUCUCUCCCAGAAGCAGGCUACGAGCCAAGGGGAAGGCAGAGGACAGAAAUGAAUGUGUUCCCAAGCUUUCCUGGUGGUUUAUGGAAUUCUCCAAACUCCUAUGCAAGGGUUAUUCCUGACGGAGAAGACCAAAGGAGACCAUCCCUGAAAUCAAGUCCAGAUGAAGAAAUCCCGUCAGAGAACUCAGCCUCCAGAAAACAAAAGCCAAGGAAACAGUAUUGUCUCAGGCCCAGUAAUACAACUCUCCUGCAAAAUAAGGCAGAACUUAGGGUCUGGGGUCAUUCUCAGAAGGGGACAGAAAAAAAAAAAUCUCCGCAAAGAGCACAGCACAAAUCAAUUCUCGAGUGACUUAGUAUCUUGCCUCCGUACAAUGCGGUGGAGUCUUCCAGUUGCAAUUAUCAGUGGGCAACACUGACUCCGUGGAACAGUGACCUGCAGAACUAAGAGGAAAAAAGUGAAUAUGGUUUUUGCUCACAGAAUGGAUAACAGCAAGCCGCCUUUGGUCAUCCCCACGCUCCUGGUGCCCCUCCAAAACCACAGCUGCACCGAAACAGCCACACCUCUGCCAAGCCGUGACCUGACAGACUUACAUGGGGAGCACGGCUGGAUGAGCAACAGAACAGACCUGCAGUACGGACUGAGACCCGGGGAAGUGGCCACAGCCAGCAUUUUCUUCGGGGCCCUGUGGCUGUUCUCUGUAUUUGGCAACUCCCUGGUUUGUCUGGUCAUCCACCGGAGUAGGAGGACACAGUCCACCACGAACUACUUUGUGGUCUCCAUGGCAUGUGCUGAUCUUCUCGUCAGCGUCGCCAGUACGCCUUUCGUCCUGCUUCAGUUCGCCACGGGGAGGUGGACACUUGGCAGUGUGAUGUGUAAGCUGGUGCGGUAUUUUCAGUAUCUCACCCCAGGCGUCCAGAUCUACGUCCUCCUCUCCAUCUGCAUAGACCGGUUCUACACCAUUGUCUAUCCCCUGAGCUUCAAGGUGUCCAGAGAAAAAGCCAAGAAAAUGAUUGCCGCGUCGUGGGUCUUCAAUGCAGCCUUCGUGACCCCCGUGUUCUUUUUCUAUGGCUCCCACUGGGACAGUCAUUGCAAUUACUUCCUCCCUGCCUCUUGGGAAGGAACUGCCUACACUGUCAUCCAUUUCUUGGUGAGCUUUGUGAUUCCUUCUGUCCUCAUCAUCUUAUUUUACCAGAAGGUCGUGAAGUAUAUCUGGAGAAUAGGCACCGAUGGUCGGACAGUGCGGAGGACGAUGAACAUUGUCCCGAGGACAAAAGUGAAAACUAUCAAGAUGUUCCUCAUUUUAAAUCUAUUGUUCCUGCUCUCCUGGCUACCUUUUCAUGUGGCUCAGCUGUGGCACCCCCCCGAACGGGACUCUAAGAAAAGUUCUCUUGUUUUCACAGCUAUCACAUGGAUAUCUUUUAGUUCUUCAGCCUCUAAACCUACGCUCUAUUCCAUUUAUAAUGCCAAUUUUAGGAGAGGAAUGAAAGAAACUUUUUGCAUGUCCUCAAUGAAGUGUUACCGAAGCAAUGCCUAUACUAUCACAACCAGUUCAAGGAUGGCCAAAAAAAACUACGUUGGCAUUUCAGAAAUUCCUCCCACGGCCAAAACUAUAACCAAAGACUCAAUCUAUGAUUCAUUUGACAGAGAAGCCAAGGAAAAAAAGCUUGCUUGGCCCAUUAAUUCAAAUCCACCAAAUACUUUUGUCUAAUUUCGCAGAGUUCUUUCAAUUAUUGUUAUGUUGCCAGAGAUUAAAAAGCUUUAACUCUAAAAACAGAA